AUGCCUUUGGCUACAAAGCUGGUACACAUCAGUGUCGUGUGAGAGGAUGACCGCAACAAAAUGAAUAUAUUACUAAUAUUCACGCUUCUCACAUUCUCGCCAUCGGCUGCACAGAGGACACGUACCCAUGACAAUGUCUAUUGCAACCAUACGGUAUUGAAAGACACUGGCACACUAUCGGUACAGCAAUGCAAAGAACUUUGUCUAAGGAAGGCUAAUUUGUGUAAAUCAGACACUGGAACUACACAUACAGGAACAACUGUUGGAUCUAUACCAGUUGAUGUGAACUGUUUCAAUAUUAAACAUGAAGAUCUUAGCCCAAACUGUAUAUUCUCCUUCCAGGCUAAUGUCAAGGCUGACAUGCAAGUAGCGUCAGGAAUUACAAAAAUAAGGUCAAGAGCAAGGAAAACAGUUACCUUCAAACGUGUACCAAAACCAGUGGUAUUUGCACAAGUGCUCACGGGAAUCGAUAAUCCACAACAUGGCCAUAUUGUAGUACAUGAUAUACAAGAAACUGCAGCUGUUCUAGGGGUAGAGUCUGUGACCAAUAUAGAUGAUGAUACGGAAUAUGAUGGUGAGUUCUACGUUGCAUGGUUUGUUAUCGGAGAUGAUAAUAUGUUCAAAGAUUUCGGAUCGUACCAUGUACACCUAGUGAAAGAAAAUUUGAAUGGCCCAGGAUAUCGCAACGUAGUUGUAAAAAAGAAUCCAAAAACAACUGAAAAGUGGCCUAGCAAUAUAGCGCUAUUUGCGCAAUCACAGGCACCAAAUAUAGACAUAACAGCGAAACUAACGGUUGGAGAGCAAAUAAACAUAAAUAUUACCGCUAAAAACAAUGAUAGAGAAACUUUAACAUCAGGAAGGAGAGCUCCAAUGGAUGUAGCACUCCUACUGGUUGAUCUAGAUCACUUCAAAGAUGGAAAUGUAGUGGAAUUUGGUAAUAUGGCGAUCACAUCACCAAUAACUAAAUUCGACGGCGGCAUGCUAAACCUUAAUGUGGCGGAACUAAAACAGCCACUUGUAUUCUUCACACCAUACUAUAACAGAAGUCAUGAACAACAUCCUAGAGCUACAUGCUGGUCAGAUGGGUCAACAAAGGAAAGCACUAACUUCAAGUGUAAAGUUGAACCUGAAACAAUGGUUACGCCACCAUAUACUGGUAAACUCAACGUUGCAUUCUUAGCCGUAGAAAAGAUGAGUGAAGAUGAUCAAAAGUUAUACCUACAGUUCCAAUAUAACCAAUGUGCCACAGCUUACGCUACCGCCAACGCCACGUCGGACUCCGAACCAAUACUUAGGAUGAAACCUGAAGAUAUGCUGUGUAAAGAUAGAUGCUUCCAAUAUAGAGCCCCGUGCAAUGGAAACGUAAAUUGUAUACAGUCGUACUUGGGAGGAAAAUGCUCCAUAGAAGGAGUUAAAUAUAUGAAACAUGAACAAAAGCAAAAGUCACAUAUAUUUAUGGACGCAAUUAGACUACUCAACUUUGAAAUUAGAGGUGCUGUAUGCACAGGAAUGUACGAUGCCGUGAGUAUAGACAGCGUCAUGGAACGACAUUCAGAUUGGGCAGGAGCAGCAAUGGAUAUCUGUGUACACAAUCAACAAAGAGAUAAAGUAAUGGUAGUAAUCGAUGAACAUGUUUCGUUUAACUUCUGUGAAGCACACAUGGGAAUGAGGGUACAACUAAAAUGGCAACCACUGUCCGAACUCAAAGAUAAAUACACCAAAGACGGAAAACCGUUACCAUUGAAGGAAGUGUUCAAGGAUAAAAUAGUAUAUGGUAUAUGCCAGUACCAAGACAAAGUAGAGAUUAAGCAAUAUCAUCCAUACCCAGAAACUGUGUACGAAGAAGAUGAUCUUGAACCGACAAACGCAGACUGUGUUGAAUCGCAAUGGGAAGAAUGGGGAAGUUGUAGCCUUGAUUGCAUCCCAGAAAAUGGAGAAGUUGUAAAAAAACGCUCGAGAUACAUCAUCAGACCGGCAUAUGGUACUGGAAAGAAGUGUGUCACAGAAGAAACGAAACAAUGCACAUUAAAAGAAUUACCUUCUUGUAACGAGGUAUGUCUAAUUACACAAUGGACCGAUUGGGGACAUUGCAUCAAUUAUCAACGAAAGAGAGAACGCUAUGUCAUGCAUUAUUCCAAAGUAUGUGAUAGCAUGGUACUCACCGAAACACAAGUUUGUGUCGUAAAUGACGUACUACCAGGAUGGGAUGACGAAGAUGAUGUAGAUGGCCAAGAUUAUGAUGCAUCCAUGCCAUUGCAUAGGUUGGGAAUACAUGAUGCAGAUACCCGAUUCAAAAGGAAAAGAUCACGACCAGCAGCAUACCCAACACGCAGACGACAUUCAUCAAGCUCAUCAGAAGGUGAAGAAGAAAUGGAAGAUGAAGGUGAAGAUGAGAAAGAGGAAGAAGAAGAGGAGGAGGAGGAAGAGGAAGAAGAAUAUGUAGAUGCAAGUGAUACUUUUGAUGAUCCAUCUGCCGGAGAAGAAACAGAGGAUUUAUAUUCCGCUUUCAAAGACAUAGAAGAUGACUCCAUGCAUGACGAAUCAGAUGAUCGAAGUAAGCAACAAACAGAUUGUCUGCUGUGGUCAGAGUGGUCAGGAUGCUCAACAGCUUGCGAUGAUACCAUCGGACACCAGUAUAGAAUAUCAAGCACCUGUGAUGCACAUAAUACCUAUGAACUUAAUCGAAAUGUACAAUCACGCAGGUGCACUGCUACAAAUCAAUGUGAAAUCGGAGGUAAAAUAAACUGUCUAGAUGUCAGAAGCGUUUUCUACUCUGAAGCAGAUGACCAAACUUGCAGAGAGGAAUGCACGCAACUGCUGCAAAUAUGUAAAGACAACGAAGAAGUAAAUGAAACACUAUGUUUUGCAAGACUUAAAGCAGAGUCAGCAGACGCAGGUGGAUUCUUCUUCAAGUGUAUGUUCCCCGAAGAACGAGAGUCAACUAUAGCAUUGAUGCAUUCACUCUUCAAAAACAAAUGUUUCCUCUCUAAGGCAAUAUACUCUACCACAGACAACUCUUGGGUAAACAAAAAUACACAAAGCUGCCAUUGCGCAAUACCAGGAUCUAUACCAUGCACAGCAAAAGAUAUACAUAUUACACGAAAUGACAUAUACAAGGAUCUUAUAGAGUCAGGGUUUUGCCCUACUAUGAACUAUAAGCAGGGUCUCUUUAACUUAAAGAAAGGAUCUACCGCACCAGAUUCACUAACUUACGUAUCACUGGCAAACAACAAUAGGCUGCAUUGCCCAUUGGGUAUAAAUGAAGAAGUAUUCACAUACACUGAGUUCAAGGGAGAAGAACUUAAAGAUUACUGCCAAAGAGGGCCUAUAUAUGCAGCCCUGAAACCAACGGUCACGCAACCUGUCACCCAAUACGCCCAUAACUAUGACUGUAAUACCGCAGUCAGCACAGGAAAUGCAAGUAAUAUGGAAUGUGUUAACCUUUGCAAGACAUUGAGAACAAGGUGCUUAUCAUACCAGGAAAAAUACUUCCAAUGUAUCAAACAGAGACUGACGCUUGACUUCCAGUAUGAGUCAGACCUGUUUACUACAUACAACUGUAGACUUCCGCCAACACUCGAUGCAUAUUUUGAUGUGGACUACUACGCAUUCUAUAUAUCCACCUUUGACAGCGAACACAUGGACAAAAAGGCCUGCACUAUCCUAGUGCAAAAUGCAAUUCUACAGUGCGAAGCAAACGAACUUUUGGAAAACAAUAACUCGUUUAUAUGGUGCAUGGCAUCUGCACUAGGUGACCUGGAACCUACAACACAAGCAUCACCAAAAUCACCGUUCGAAACACAACCACUGGCAGCAUCACGAUUUAAAGAAAAGUGUAAAUUUCAACCAUCACUUAAAGCGGGAAGUGGAUACGUCAUGUGCAGAUUCCCAGCAGAAAUGCCAACGUACGCUAAUUGGGACGAAUGGUCACCAUGUACAGCACAGUGCAAUGAAUUUGAUAGUGUCGCAACGAGAUAUAGAACAAGAAAACUAAUAGAUGGGAAAGAAACGGCAUUCUACCACAUAGAGGAUGGUACAUUACAAUUUGAAAUGUGCCUGCACCUGCCAGGGUGUGAACAGGGAAGGUGGGUAGACAGCCUAAAUGAUGGCGACGGUAAAAUACAUAUAUUGGACCACGAAGCAUAUAAAGAUACUAGCAGCGAAACAACGAAUAUAUGGCUGGAACAAACAUACAUGCAACACCCGGAACUAAGAAAUGCCGUUGGUAAAAAUGCAAAGUGUCAUAUUUUUAAAUCGCAUAAAAUAUUAUCGUCAAAGGGGGUAACCUGUGGAUGCCCUAGAGGACAUAAAGCAUGCUCUUUCACAACCGCAAUGACAGAUCAACUGUGGAAAAUGGGAAUGCACAACUUCUGUAGAGAUCGACCAUUGGCAUCCAUACGAUUCGAAGGAGAAACAAGCGACUAUGUCUACCAUUGUAAAAUCGGAAUGCUGCUGAAACAUACAGCAGAAAGCGGCGCACUGGGAUGCGAUUAUUAUGACAACAACGAAUACGUAGCAUGCGAAGAAACAGAAAGUAAACCACUCAUCCUGAGAUCAAAACACUUCACCCUGAUGGGUGUAUGCCUAGGAAUUGUCUUCUGCCUGUAUACGACAAUACGACACAUCCUGAAGAAACGACGUAUACGCAUUAAUGAACAGAAAAAAGACGAAUAACACUAUAAUAAUGUUUGUAAAAUACUCAUAAUUUAACACAUGUAACAGCA